AUAUUUUGCAUUUGUUACUAUAGCGGCAGUGACACCAACAGUAACAACACCACCUCCCUCCAUCCGCUAUGAAGAACCAGAGUCUGAAGAGGAAAGUGUUACCUCUUUUAUGGACAUAUCUAGUCCAUUAUACCAACUUUAUGAGACUGUCAGAUCUUGCCGGAAUAACCAGGGCCAGUUGAUUGCUGAACCUUUUUUCCAACUUCCAUCAAAGAAAAAAUAUCCUGAUUAUUUCCAGCAAAUCAAAAAUCCUAUCUCACUGUACCAGAUCAGAAAUAAGCUAAAGAACCAGGAAUACGAGAGUCUGGACCACUUGGAAACAGAUUUAAAUAUGAUGUUUGAGAAUGCCAAGCGGUACAAUGUUCCAAAUUCUGCAAUAUACAAGAGGGUGUUUAAACUUCAGCAGCUUCUGCAGUCGAAAAAGAAAGAUCUGACUCGCAGAGACCUCGAUAUAGAGGACGGAGACAGCAUGAUUUCCUCCGCCACGUCUGAAACCGGCAGCGCUAAAAGGAAGAGGUAAGUUUUUGAUGCCUGGAAUUUACAACGCC